UGAAGCUUCCUCGGAUGUUUCAUACUUUGUUUCUCUCAUUGAAGUUAACUGUUACAACUCCAAUUUUAGCUGAAACCCUCUUCGUCUUUUGCUAGAUAAAUCUCUAAUCAUUUUUUAGACCAUUGCGAUCUCUCUCUCUCUCUCUCUCUCUCUCUCUCUCUCUCUCUCUUGUGGGUUUGUUUCUCUUUCUAUGCGGUUACAUGGAGUUCUAAAUUAAGGUAAAUUGCAAACGGGUGUGAGGUAUGCUUAGCGUUGGAUGAUUUAUAUUGGCAUUAAACAGCUCCUCUGGUUGCGUGUCUGAGCGAGUGGCUCUCCUCCUCUGUUUCUCUAUCUCUCUCUAUAUUUCUGCGUUUCUGGGGGGUUUUCCAAUUGUAGAAAGAGUGAUCGAGGGGUGACAAAGAUUGUGAGGUUGGGUUGGGUUUCCAAUCUUACCAUCCAUUCUCUUGAAAUGGGUUGUGUUGUCUUUUGUGUUUUAGAAAAGGAUUGAUUGAAAAAAUAUCCAGAGAGUGAGAAUCCAAAUUCCAAUGAAAAUGGCGUCCUCGCAGGUCGACAUUGCCGGCUCUGCGCCGUUUGGUUGUGUUCUGAGGGACCACAACAGGCGAGACCGACGCAAAGAAAGCAACACCCACUCGACUUUCCAAAAAAACCUCAAGAAUUUGGUCAGAGGUCACCUCCAUUCCUGCAUUUCAAUCUCUUCCGACAAGAAGAGGGAGAGGGAUCAGAACAACAACGUUGACUCUUGGGUCGCCAACGGAGAGACCAACAAUCGCCGAGGCCUCCGAUUGAAAAACAACAACGACAGCGCGAGGCAGCCGGGAAUUCUUGAUAGAUGGGCUACCCAACAAGCACGAGAAGUAGCUUCAACCAUUGAGAAACAGAGCCAGGAGCCUGAUGUCAUAGAACUAUCAAACUCACCGUCUCUUGUUUCAUCAAGGGCUUCGAGUUCUUCUAAGAGGGAAGAAGACUAUACGGCUCCAUCGGAUAGUUCUACUGAAACCUCGAUCCUCGGCGCUUCUUCCCUUGUUCAGAUAUGGGAGAAGAGGCUAAACCGGUUGAAUGGUUUGAAAUUGAAUUCGACGACCUCACUUUCACCUUCCAGGUCUACUUCUGGAUUCAGCUGCAUUGAAGAACCUCACGGGUCCUCUGUUGAAGAACCAUCAUCAGCCGAAGAAGCAGGGGAAACAGGGGAAACAGGGGACUCUGUUCAUGAAAGAUAUGAUGCUCCACCCAACGACGACCCGUUUCCUGAUUGGGAGUCAGACAGAACGGCUCUGAGUGAUGCACCUUCUUCAUCACAAGGCCGAAAGUCCGAUGCAGGAGAGAAUGAGAAGGUUAGAGUUGCGGAUAUCAUUAAGAGAUUGGCGUCUGCAUAUCAAACACCCACUCCAGUAACUUCUAGGAGCGACGAUAAUGAUCAUGGCCAUGGGCAUUCUAGCGAGCAAGCAUCGCCAACCAGAGAGCGUUCUUCGUUACCCGAGCAAAUGGAGCACAGAGUUUUCUCGCAGGCUAUAAAUUCACCUCGGAUAAGAGGACGCCAAGCCUUCACCGAUUUGCUUAUGCACUUGGAACGAGACAGGCAUAGGGAGCUAGAGACAUUGGUUGAACGUCGGCCGGUUUCAAGAUUCACACAAAAAGGCCGCAUUCAGUCGUUGAUUCGGCUUCGAUUACUACAGCGGGGCAUGGCAAUUCGAGAUCCGCAGCGCCCUCCAUCAACAUCGUCUGGAGUGAAUAUUUUACCACAGGGAUCUAACAUUGUGCAUCUGAGGGACAGAUUUAGGAAAGGUGCUGAACAAGUAGCAACAGCCCAGAAUAGUGCAGCUUUGCCAAGAAGCAAUCAUCGGGAGAUAGUAAACAACACUGUUGAUUUGGACAAUUCUUCCACCACCAAUCAGCCUAGUGAACACACCAUCAAUCAGGAAGUUAGUAUAACUGAGCAGCACAGCACACAGCAGGUACAGAACUCAAUGCCACACACUAGGGAAGAUACUGUUUGUGAAGAAGCCAGUUCAAGUUCAGAUGUAACAAGCCAAGGAACAAGAUUAGAGGCUAGAAACCUUGACUCACAAACAACCAUAGAUAGUACAACUGCUUCCGUGAACUUUUGGGAUGAGAAUGACAUAGCAGAAGAACUAGAGGUCAGUGACCAUGAGUAUGCAGAAUCCAGUUAUGAUUGGAUUGGUGACAUUUCUCGCCCCCGAAGUUAUUGGGAAGACCGCAGACGAGCACGGUACGAGGAGGUGCUUAACAACUCGAGCAAUGGGGAGAUCCAUAAACUCCUUGAAAGAAGAACAGUAUCAACUUUUCUUGUCAGUGACUUAAGAGAGAGAAUUGACAGAUUGAUGACGUCUCGAUUGGAAAGAACAAUGCAUUCAGAAGAAGAAGAAGAAGAAGAAGAAGAGCAUGGCAGCCAACAGAGAACGAACCAAUUGAUGUCUUUGUUACAAAGACAUAGGCAUGUAUCAGGUAGUCAUGGAGAAGAAGAAGAGCAUGGCAGCCAAGAGAGAACGAACCAAUUAAUGUCUUUGUUACAAAGACAUAGGCAUGCAUCAGGCAGUCAUGAAGUAGAAGAAGAAGAAGCGAAUGGCAGCCAAGAGAGAACGAACCAAUUGAUGUCUUCGUUACAAAGACAUAGGCAUGCAUCAGGCAGUCAUGAAGAAGAAGAAGAGGAUAGGGAGAGGGAGGAGGCCAGAGAUGUUGCAGAAGAAGGACAAGAGGUGGUGGAAGACAGAGAUGGGGCAGAUGAAGAAGAAGAAGAAGAGAGGGAGGAGGAGGAAAGCUUAAUUGGCGGUCAGUAUAAUGAAUCCAGUGCUUAUUUUGAUCAAUCCUCAUCAUUGCCACAAAUGCCUACACCUUCUCAAUUAUGGUCAUGGACUGAUCCAGAUAAUGAAGUUAGUGAUGAUUCUGAAAUUGUUAACUCUACAUCUCAAUCCCCACAACUAUCUCAAGCUUACCAUCAGGAUACUCAGCAAACCCCUUCCUCCAGAAAUCAUAAUUCAACUGAAAUGGAACUCAUAUACGAUAUGAGAGGCCAUAUGGAGCAACUCUAUCAUGAGAUGUCAGAGCUAAGAAAAUCAAUAAAGAGCUGCAUGGACAUGCAGACAAUGUUGCAACAAUCCAUUAGUCAAGAGGUUCAUUCAGUUCGAGGAGAAGGGAAGAAUUCCGAUGACGGGGCACCAAAGAAAGGAAAUUGCUGUAUUUGCUACGAAAUGCAAGUGGACUCACUUUUGUACAGAUGCGGACACAUGUGCACCUGUCUCAAAUGUGCUCAUGAAUUGCAAUGGAGUAAUGGAAAAUGUCCAAUAUGUCGAGCUCCAAUAAUGGAUGUGGUGCGAGCAUAUGUGGGCAUGUAGAGAGUACUGGUGAUCGAGUUCUUGCUCCAGAGGACCACCUUUUUAUCCGUAGAAAUUUGUAAAGCGGGAAUUGGAAAGUUGAAGUGGUAUAAUUUUUUAUUUACCAUCUAUGUUUUUUGUACAUGUCUUCUCAUUCAACAUUACUCACAUGCUUUCUCUUUUUCAACAUGUACACUGUAUGUGCUUGUUUUUUUUAAAGGGAAAUGACAUUUAACAAUCUCUGUUAUUGAUCAUCAUUCUCUAUGUAUAUAGUUCUAGAAAUUGCACUAUCUUCACUCAUUCUC